GACGUAUGGAGAUUUGCAUCGCGGACAGCAUCAUCAGAACCGCGCCGAUUUUCGUUUCUAUGGAGAUCUCGUGUGUUUUGUUUGGAUGAGUGUGCGCUUUCUUCGAAAUCUACAGGCUAUGCAAGGUUCACGCCGUGGUUAGCUUCUUCCCCAGUUAGUUUUUAAUCGGCAUCUGAAUCAUCUCUUUCUACGACAUACGAUGUCUGGAAUACAAACCAUUCUGCGGGAGCGAGCGCGCCAGAGGAGGAGGAGGCCAUCUGAGGGUGAGCAAGAGUUGGGUGACCACAAAAAAGAGAGUGUGGUCCACUACGACAAUGAAGCUUUCACAGACAAAGAGGAGGACAUUGUGGCUCCCGUGUCUCCUCUUUCUGAGCGCCCAUCGCCCAGACUGCCCCCCAUUCCUGUCCCCAGGAAGAAAGCUCCUUCGGAGGCCAGUACGGGCCCGCCGACACCGAGUUCGUCGGUGAGUCUGAAGCCAUUGAGUGCGAGCAAAGAGAGGAUUCGUCACCGGCUCCGCCUUCAGCGAAGAAACGCUGAGCAACGCAGAAGCAUCACCGUGGAAGACCCCCAACCCUUGGUGCUCCCACGUGCGGCCCACGAGCAGGUCGACAUGAACGAAGACGUUCUGCAAGAUGCGCUACGAAGACGCCAUGAGGCACUUUCGAAGUGGAAGACGAGUGCCUCUUUGGCAUUGCGGCAGUCGGAGGAGGCAGCCCAGAGGACGCUAGCCGACGAGUCGGCAGACUUUUUCACCAAGAAGUGGUCGUCGGCUGAAGCACAGCGGCCGGAAACCGACACGGCAAUCGGUAAUUCCGAGCCGUCGCUGAUCGGGUCAAAGCGAGAAGAUGGCGACGACAAAGAAGCGAUUUCUCCAGAUGCAGACGAACCUGCUGCUGCGGAGGACGAAGAAGAUGACGACCUCUUGAGCGCCGACCAUUAUGUGCAAGAAGAGAAACUGAUGUACAAGAUGGAACUGUACUGGUUUGACUCCAGUGGUAACAUCAGCUCCGUGGAAAAUUUCCUGAAUGAACGUCCCUCCCGUUUGCCAAGUUACAGUGACACCGAAAACAUGUUUCAUGUGAGAUACUCGAAGGCUUCCGUCUAUAAUCCAUACAACUGCGAUGCGGAGCAAUACAUGGAACUGGAGAUAGAAGUCUCGUCCCUCAAGUUUCACCACCAUCCGUUGUUCAGCAGGGAACACGUGCUGGCAAGCAACCUGAGUACCCUCUACGAGAGCUACACCCUCUUAGUUCUCGGCAUCGAACACUCCAACGACAAAGAAAAGAUCAAAAGAUUACACGAAGAGCUGGAAAAAAUGGAUGCCGACACUGAAAUGCACGUCAUCGCAGCCUUCAAGAAGAAGUUGAUGCAAUUGGUUGAUUCGCGGAAACUCAGAGACCAGAAAGAGAAGAGCCUGGGAGAAGUUCUUGACAAAAUGUCCCAAGUCUGGGAAGAGAUAGAGAAUCUCAGGAGAUCUCAAGGCUACACAGUGACUGAAGUCACGUUGAGGCACAGCAGUGAGGAUGCAGCAGCCAGCAGUGCCAUGUCCAAGCACUUCGAAGAUGAGCUCGGCGAAGAGCUUCAAGUUAGGGAAAUGGUUCGACGGGUGGAGCUGAUGGAAUACGAUAGGAAGUGGCGCCGUCCCCACACUGCCAAAGUUUCCAUGUAUCAAUGCGGACCUGUUUUGUAA